UUUUUUUCUUCUCACGAGCUGUAUACCUUAAGUCCCCUUCAUUUUGAUUAUUCGAACUUUUUUUUUUUUUUUUCUUAAUGAUUAUUGUGCAUACUAAAGUCUGGUUCUUCACCAUUUUUCCUUCGUCAAUUGCCCACCAUGCCUUUCAUCGAGUGCUCCUCCCCACCCAUCAAAAUGGGCAAUCCCCGAAUUGACGCUGCUUCCCAGGGAAAAUUGCUACCUACUAUCAUCGACGAGCUGGCUCGCGAUGAACCUAAUGGUCUCUGGAUGGAAUACCCUACCUCCUCAACCAAUCUUGAUGCUGGAUAUAGCCAGAUUACUUAUGCUGAACUUGCAAAUGCUGCAAACGGCGUUGCCAAUUGUAUUACCAGUGCUUUGGGAAGAGACAAUACAGGAGAGUCACUGGCCUGGUUAGCGCCCAAUAGUCCCUUGUGCUCUAUCACGCUUAUUGCGGCCAUGAAAGCUGGCUUCAAGGUGUGCAAGUCAUAGACAUGUAUAUAAAGCCGUGCCCUUGUCGCUGAUCACCGAGAGCUCUAGUUGUGUUUGAUAUCAGAAAGAAAUACAGUGGCUCAGAAUCACAAGCUAUUAGAGGACGUCGAAUGUUCUGUCAUAAUCACGACGAAUGCGGCCUUUCCACAGGUUCGAGCCACUUUGAGUGGAAAGCAGAUCUCCGUUAUA